UCGUGAGAGAGCGAUGCUGAUAGAGCGCGAGCACGCACCCCCAGGCAAGAGAAGCUGGAGGAGUUGUGGCAACAGCGGACAGCAGCAUCCUUCAAAGCUGUGGUCAUAUUAAUCGCAUGGAUGGGAGUGGACCGAAAAGGGGAGAAUCGCGUCUAGCUGCGUCUACCUUUUUAUUACAUGUUUAAUCUUUGAUGUUGUUUGAAAGUAGACUACUGGCACAAGUUUUACUUUUUUUCUUCAAUAGACUAGGCAAGAGAGUGUUUGUGGCAGGAAGCGGUAUUUCCUAUUUGCAUCCAAAUGUCAACGGAUGUACUUGCCGGUUCUACAUUUUUGCAGAGAUACAGCAUGUAUUUCCAAGCUCCACUACAUUAAGUGACUUAGACUAAUACAAUUUGUUAUAUGGAAUGAUUCGUUAUUGCACUUGAGUAUUUGGAAAGCAGUGAAACUAGAGUUAUGUGCUAAAGAAGUUGGAACAUCUGUAACUACACGUGCAUUGGAACAAUAAAGGACGACAGUGGGCGAGACCCCAAUCUUUAAAUCUCUCUCCAGCAAUUAUAUCGCCUGGUCGGCUAUUCCAGCUAAACAACUGUUUACCAUGUCUGGGAAUGCAUCCUCCACCUCUGCCCGGGAGAAACCGCAAGAGGAGCAGACCGUGACCCCAAGCCUGAAGCCUGCGGGUCCCAAAGCAAGCCAGAGCCGAUUCCAGGUGGACGUUGUCGCGGAGGCGGCAGCCGCAUCGGCUGCGGAAAAGAGCAAAAGACAUUCUACUGAAAAGCCCCCCGCUUUAAGUAAGGGAACUGACCGGCCGGCGAGCGAGGAGUCGAAAGGUAGAUUUAGGGUGGUAAACUUUGUGGAUCCCAGCGGGGUAGAGAUCCCACCAGAUGCAGAUGGAGUCCAAAGUGGGGACACAAUUAAGAGCGAGGGCAGCUUACAUUCCUCCACCGGUGGAACGCACCACUAUUAUUACGACACCCACACUAACACCUAUUACCUGAGGACUUUCGGCCACAACACAAUCGAUGCGGUCCCGAACAUCGAUUUCUACCGGCAAACCGUGGCGCCACUUGGAGAAAAGUUGAUUCGACCCACUCUCUCGGAGCUACACGAUGAGCUCGAUAAGGAACCCUUCGACGAGGGCUUCGCUAACGGGGAGGAGCUAACCCCCGCGGACGAGGCCGCCGUGACGGAGCCGGCGGAGCAGAAAGGCGCGGUGAAGUUCGGCUGGAUCAAAGGCGUCUUGGUACGCUGCAUGUUGAACAUUUGGGGUGUCAUGCUCUUUAUCCGUAUGACCUGGAUUGUGGGCCAUGCAGGCAUUGCUCUCUCGUGCGUGAUUAUUCUUAUGGCGAUGGUCGUUACCACCAUCACUGGACUCUCAACCUCAGCAAUAGCGACCAAUGGAUUCGUGAGAGGGGGUGGGGCGUAUUAUUUAAUAUCUCGGAGUCUGGGCCCAGAGUUUGGCGGGUCCAUUGGUCUCAUCUUCGCCUUCGCCAACGCUGUGGCCGUCUCCAUGUACGUGGUGGGCUUCGCUGAAACCGUGGUGGAGCUCCUCAGUACUAUAGACGCCCACAUGACGGACGAGCUCAAUGACAUCAGGAUAGUGGGGACCCUCACCGUCAUCCUGCUUCUGGGCAUCUCUGUCGCAGGGAUGGAGUGGGAAGCUAAGGCCCAGAUCUUCCUGCUAGUCAUCCUCAUAUGCGCCAUCUUCAACUUCUUCAUUGGAACCUUCAUCCCCAUGGAAUCCAAACAGCCAUUGGGCUUCUUUAGCUACAAAGCGGACAUUUUGAUGGAGAACAUGGUUCCGGACUUCCGUGGGGAGACCUUCUUCUCUGUGUUCGCCAUCUUCUUCCCAGCAGCCACUGGCAUUCUGGCUGGAGCCAACAUCUCAGGAGACCUCACGGACCCACAGUCAGCCAUUCCAAAGGGAACUCUUUUAGCCAUCGUCAUAACUGGAAUUGUUUACCUGGGAGUUGCAGUUAGUGCAGGAGGCUGCAUUUUGCGGGAUGCCUCGGGCAACAGCAACGACACCAUCACCGGCCAAUCAAUGAACUGCACAGACGCAGCCUGUAAACUAGGCUAUGACUUCUCCGCGUGCAAGGCCGCCAUGAACUGCAAGUUUGGGCUCCACAACGACAUGCAGAUCAUGAGCGAGGUGUCUGGGUUUGGGCCCCUCAUCUCAGCGGGCGUCUUCUCUGCAACGCUGUCCUCUGCCCUGGCCUCGCUGGUCAGUGCCCCCAAAGUCUUUCAGGCUCUGUGCAAAGACAACAUCUACCCCGGCCUGGGCGUGUUUGCCAAGGGCUACGGGAAGAACAACGAGCCCCUGCGUGGCUAUGUCCUCACCUUCUUCAUUGGGCUGGCCUUCAUUCUUAUCGCGGAGUUGAACGUCAUCGCUCCCAUCAUCUCCAACUUCUUCCUGGCAUCUUACGCGUUGAUCAAUUUCUCGGUGUUCCACGCCUCUCUGGCCAAUUCUCCAGGGUGGCGUCCCAGCUUCAAGUACUACAACAUGUGGGUGUCCCUGGCGGGGGCAGUGCUCUGCUGUGGGGUCAUGUUCGUCAUCAACUGGUGGGCGGCCCUCCUGACCAAUGUCAUUGUCAUGGCGCUCUACAUUUAUGUCAGCUACAAGAAGCCAGAUGUGAACUGGGGCUCGUCCAUGCAAGCUCUCACAUACCAUCAGGCCCUGUCUCACUGUCUGCAGCUGACGAGCGUGGAGGACCACAUCAAGAACUUCAGACCCCAGUGCCUGGUGAUGAUUGGCUACCCAAAUUCUCGCCCCGCCCUGCUCAACCUGGUGCAUGCCUUCACAAAGAACAUGGGCCUGCUGAUCUGCGGGCACGUUCGUAUGUUUACCCGUAGGCCGAGCUUCAAAGACCUAACGAACGACCAGGUGCGCUACCAGCGCUGGCUGCUGAAGAACAGGACCAAGGCCUUUUAUACACCUGUGUUUGCCGAGGACCUUCGGCAGGGCACCCAGUACCUGCUACAGGCUUCAGGUAUAGGUCGCUUGAGGCCCAACACGCUGGUGAUGGGGUUCAAAAACAACUGGAGGGAUGGAGAGAUGAAAGAUGUUGAGACCUACAUCAACAUGAUCCAUGAUGCAUUCGACUUCCAGUACGGUGCAGUUAUGCUCAGGUUGAAAGAAGGACUUGACAUUUCACACAUUCAAGGUCAAGAUGAAUUCCUGUCCACCCAGGAGAAGGCCCCGGGGGGUAAGGAUAUCGUGGUGUCCUUCGACCUGAGCAAAGACUCAGACGGUGACUCGUCCAAAACCUCCUCCAGAAUCUCCACGGCCCAAAGCAGCCCCAUCAUUCAGAAAGAGAAGAGCCCUCCCGCGGCCUUAAGCGCGGCCGAUCAGAGGCUGCUGGAGGCCAGCCAGAGCUUCCAGAAGAAGCAGGGCAAGGGCACCGUGGACGUCUGGUGGCUGUUCGACGACGGCGGCUUGACAUUACUCAUUCCAUAUCUGCUGACGAACAAGAAGAAAUGGAAGGACUGCAAGAUCCGGGUGUUUAUUGGUGGGAAGAUCAACAGAAUCGACCAUGACCGCAGAGCAAUGGCAGCUCUGCUGAGCAAGUUCAGGAUAAGCUUUUCCGACAUCACCGUCCUCGGGGACAUCAACACCAAGCCGAAGAAAGAAAACGUUGCGGCCUUUGAGGAGAUGAUCGAGCCGUACAAGCUGAAGGAGGACGACAUGGAGCAGGAGGCGGCCGAGAGGCUGAAGGCCGAGGAGCCGUGGAGGAUCACUGACAACGAGCUGGAGCUGUACAGAGCCAAGACCAACCGGCAGAUCAGACUGAACGAGCUGCUGCAGGAGCACUCCAGCACGGCAAACCUCAUCGUGAUGAGCAUGCCCCUGGCCAGGAAGGGCGCGGUGUCCAGCGCCCUCUACAUGUCCUGGCUGGAAACCCUUUCCAAGGACCUGCCCCCCAUCCUGCUGGUGCGGGGGAACCACCAGAGUGUCCUCACCUUCUACUCUUAAAACACCAGCCCCCCCCCCCCCUCCCCCCUCCCCCCUCUGGGUAGUCACCCCUCUGGGACCGCUACAGUACUCAUUACCAGGUUUCAUGAGACAAAGGAGGUGGAAAUUAGAAAAGCAUUAAGAUAAUGAUAGUCAUAGUAGAGAUAACAAAGAUGAAUCUAAUUAAUACUCUGUGCUGGUAAGACAAACUUCCCGUCUCUCCUCUAUGAGCAAAGGUCCCCUUUAUUGUAGAUGCUGAGGUGCUGUAAACAUCUCAGUGUGUCAACAUCAACCAACGACAGACUUGUGUCACGUUCGUACGACUGAAUCUUUUAACAGUCCUUUUCUGGCUUAAAUAGUGCCUGUGUGCUCACGACUAAUGUGAUUGUUGUUAUUACUGUUGAGUUAUUAAUAGUUUUGAAUAAUCACCAGCCUAUCUUUAUAAAGGAUAAAGAAAAAAUCUUUUUUUUCCCCCAAUUUAUUAUAUUUGAGUAAAAUGGGGAAAAGAAUAAAUUAGACGUGUUUAGCUGUACAAGUAUGUAAAACCUCUUAAGAAGAACCAUUAUGUAUAUUCUUGCUGUACACUCUUAAAAUAAUCUUAUAUUGAUAAUAUUUUAUGAGGAAUUUCACUAUUAUUUUAGUGCAUGGAAACCUUUGGGUUCUGUUCAUCACCUGAGAUAGAGCAGUUUGGGGUUUCCUUUAUAUGCACUUCCCAUUUUAAAUCUUUUUUCCUGUAUGGUUUUCCUGUUCAUAGCCAAUAUAUCCUUUCCUACUCUAUGAGUAGUUAAUCUUGAAAAUUAAAAAAGUAAACCAACAAAUUAAAAAUAAAAUAGUUUGCACUGUGA